GAGCCCGUAAUUUGGUUAAUCGUUAGCUUUUGAAAAUAAUUGGGAUACAAAAUAGCUUUUUACUAUUAUAUUAGAUUUGAAAUUAAAGAACAAAUGAGUUAUAGUUUAAUGAAAAAUAUGUUUACUAAUAUGCAAACUAAUAUCGGGAGUUAAAUAAUCGCGUUGCCAAAUUAUAGGGGUGUACUGGAGCUGAGUCUUAGCUAUCAUCAUUAAUAAAUAGAUCACCAAGACCCCCAGAAAACGGGAAGGCAAGAAAAAAGUUGAUUACUAUAUUUUUCAUAUAUAGCAUGGCCACGGCGGUAAUUACGGCAGCAGUUUGCACCAUCUUUCUUCUGACGAUGACCGCCGCCGCCGCCGCGGCCGACGGCGACACCUACAUUCCCCAUCCACAUUGCAUCAACGGGGGCGGCGGCGACGUGGCGACGGCGGUGAUAAUAAUGAAGACGCUGGUCCGAGAUCUGUUGCGCACGGUGCCGUCCAGUGGAGGCGGCGGGGGCUACUGCAUCCCACGGCCGUUUGAGGGAACGACGUCGUAUGGGUACGCCAAGUGCUGGUGGCCGUCGAUGGUGUAUUGCCAGGAAUGCUUGAGAUUGAUCGGUCUGUCUCUGGUCGGUAGUUGCAAUAGCACGGGCUUCGGCCACGUGUGGGGAGCGCAGGACGGCUGUGUUCUGAGCGUUCGGUUUGACCAGUGCCCCACGAUCACUUGACCUAACCAGUUUGCAUGCGCGCGUUCUGUAGUGUGUUUCUCGUUGAUUUCAUGGUUUUAUAGUUCGGUGUUUUGUCGCUCCUUGAUUGAGAGUCGUCACGUGUUACUGUUGCAAACCCAUGUAUUGCGUACACUUUGUGAAUCGGAUCUCCUAAAUAAAACAUCGUAUGACGGCACGCAAUUUAUGAUCCGAGUAUACUCCUCGCGCGCGAACUGAUUUGUCCAUACAAGUUUGGCGGGAGUAUUUAAUCGAACCGCGCAGAACCGUGGGGUCAUUGGUGGAGCCAUAUUGUUGUUGGUUGUAGAAACUAUCAUUCAAAAUUAAGGAUAAUUAAAUUUUCACUUGUUGUGUUCAUUUUUGUUCCAACUAUAUAUAAGCCCUAACUUUUUGUAUGUGUUUUUUUUUAUUUGUUUUAAAAAAAGAAUAUAAGUGAUAUUUCGUC